GGUGUCAGAUGUAACAGCCUCUUUUUUGCUUUUCAGUGAGGUGCUGGCUGAGGAAUCCAUAUUAUGCCUCCAGAAAGCCCUGAAUCACCUUCGGGAAAUAUGGGAAUUAAUUGGGAUUCCAGAGGACCAGCGGUUACAAAGAACGGAGGUGGUAAAGAAGCAUAUCAAAGAUCUCCUGGAUAUGAUGAUUGCUGAAGAGGAAAGCCUGAAGGAGAGGCUCAUCAAAAGCAUUGCGAUCUGUCAAAAAGAGCUGAAUACCCUCUGCAGCGAGUUACAUGUUGAGCCAAUUCAGGAAGAAGGCGAGACAACCAUCUUGCAACUAGAAAAGGAUUUGCGCACUCAGGUGGAAUUGAUGCGAAAACAGAAAAAGGAGAGAAAACAGGAACUGAAACUACUUCAGGAACAAGAUCAAGAACUGUGUGAAAUUCUUUGCAUGCCCCCGUAUAACAUUGACAGCACCUCAGUUCCCAGCUUAGAGCAGCUGAACCAGUUCAGACAACACGUGGCAACUCUGAGGGAAACAAAGGCAUCUAGACGUGAGGAGUUUGUCAACAUAAAGAGACAGAUCAUACUGUGUAUGGAAGAAUUGGAUCACACCCCAGACACAAGCUUUGAAAGAGACGUGGUGUGUGAAGAUGAAGAUGCCUUUUGUUUAUCUUUGGAGAAUAUCGCAACACUACAAAAGUUACUACGGCAGCUGGAAAUGCGAAAAUCACAAAAUGAAGCUGUGUGUGAGGGGCUACGGGCUCAGAUCCGAGAGCUGUGGGACAGGUUGCAAAUACCUGCGGAAGAGAGAGAAGAGGUGGCCACGACAAUGACUGGGUCAAAGGCCAAGGUCAAGAAAGCGUUGCAAUUAGAAGUGGAUCGGUUGGAAGAAUUGAAGAUACAAAACAUGAAGAAAGUGAUUGAGGCAAUUCGAGCGGAGCUGGCUCAGUACUGGGACCAGUGUUUCUACAGCCAGGAGCAGAGACAAGCUUUUGCCCCCUAUUAUGUUGAGGACUACACAGAAAAUCUGCUCCAGCUCCAUGAUGCUGAGAUUGUACGGUUAAGAAACUACUACCAAGUCCACAAGGAACUCUUUGAAGGUGUUCAGAAGUGGGAAGAAAGCUGGAAGCUUUUCCUAGAGUUUGAGAGAAAAGCUUCAGAUCCAAGCCGAUUUACAAACCGUGGAGGAAAUCUUCUAAAAGAAGAAAAGCAACGUGCCAAGCUCCAGAAAAUACUCCCUAAGCUGGAAGAGGAGUUGAAGGCACGGAUUGAAACAUGGGAACAGGAGCAUUCAAAGGCAUUUGUGGUGAAUGGGCAGAAAUUCAUGGAGUAUGUGACGGAACAAUGGGAGAUGCAUCGGUUGGAGAAAGAGAAAGCCAAGCAGGAAAGACAACUAAAGAACAAGAAGCAGACAGAGACAGAGAUGCUCUAUGGCAGCGCUCCCCGAACGCCCAGCAAGCGGCGAGGACUGGCGCCCAGCACACCGGGCAAAUUUCGCAAGCUGAACACUACCGCCAUAUCCAACGCUACAGCUAAUAGUAGCAUUCGGCCUGUCUUAGGGGGAACAGUUUACCGCUCUCCUGUGUCUCGACUUCCACCUUCUGGCAGCAAGCCAGUCGUCACUGCCACCUGUUCGGGGAAAAAAACACCCCGUGCUGGCAGGUGUGGAGCCAACAAGGAGAACCUGGAGCUCAAUGGCAGCUUCCUGAGCGGUGGGUACCCCGACUCGACCCCUCUCCAGCGCAACUUCAGCAUUAAUUCUGUUGCCAGCACCUAUUCUGAGUUUGCGAAGGAUCCGUCCCUCUCUGACAGCUCCACUGUUGGGCUUCAGCGAGAACUUUCAAAGGCUUCCAAAUCUGAUGCGUCUUCUCGAAUCCUCAAUUCAACCAACAUCCAGUCCUGAGAAGCCCUGAUCAGUCAGCUAGCUGUGGCUUCCUGUGCCUAGACUGGACCCAGUUAUACAGGGGUGGCUUUGAUUAUUCUUCGGUUUAGGUUUGCUUGAAACCCUGGAUGGAGUCCAUUACCAUGGGCCUAACUUAAAGAUAUGAACAAGUGUUACAGAAGCAAGUCCCAUCAUAGACUCAGCAGGUCCUUAGAGACUUUUGGGUUUUUUGUUUUGACUCAAGAAAUACAUUAAAACUUAGUUUAUAGCAGUAAGUGCAAAUUAUAGCAUGAAACCUAGUUUUUUUCUAUACCCCAUAAUUUCACUUGUUGAAGCACGAUCAAGAGUUUAUUUCACCAUUAUCUAGGAAAAUGAUUGCUAUGCCCAUCCUUGGGGUAUGGGAUGUGAAGUAAUUCUGUCUUGUAUACUUGUAAUUAGCAAUUAACAUCUUUUUGUGUCGGGAUAUUCAGUUAAUGCUGUAGCUAUGUUAGCUUUGCUCUCACCUGAAGGCCCGUCCCCACCACACAGGACAGCCUUCUCCUGAUGGGGAUGUCUUUAUGUGUCAGAAGUUGAGGUGGCCUGACCUACUGCCAAAGAAGUGACAGGGAGGCUGGGAACACCUUUGUUAAAUUGUGUACAGUUGUGUUAAUAAGUGCAAUGCCCUAUGUGUAUAUGAACACACGUGCUUGUCUGAACCGUAUUUCUUCAGAGUUUUCUCCUGGGUCCAGUCCCCUCAUCCCUGUGCCCACUAUGCCUGAGUUCUUCUACCCCUGCAGUUGUCAGCCAAACUGGGAGGCUGUUUGGAUGGGAUGGGCCAUUUCUGUCAUGGAGAUGUGGAACUUUGCACAUGUCAGUACUGGGGAGUUUUUCCUGCUGUAGCGUCCACAAUGAGGUUCCUUCUUUUACCCUGUCGAUCACUACUGCCCUCCCCAAAGCACUAUUAUUUAUUCUUACUCUGCCUGCACCAGUACUACUGUGAGCACGUUAAAUGGUUGUCAGAAACUUAGCGGUGUGAACUUGGCUUUGUUAGCCGUGCUGGCUAGUCAUCCGUAUACAUGUCCUGUUUUUAAAAUAUAAAUAUAUGCUUAAAAAUAAAUUAAAAUGUGUAUACUUACAUUCUAAAAAGUUGUAUUGUGGUGUUUAUUGUUAUUUUUUCCCAAAUCACUUUUCAGUUGGUUUGGGCUACUGAAAACAAACAAGAUUAAAAAA